AUGUUCUCUUCUCAACCAGCAACCCGGGCUUCUCUGAAGCCUUCCAUUCCUUCCUCCAGACCAGCCAACUCCUCACCCAAGCCCUCCGAUCUUGCUUCUUCCAAACCAGCCAACUCCUCACCCAAGCCCUCCGAUCUCUUUUCCUCCAAACCCGUCAAACCCUCUCCAUCACCCUCCACUUCCUUCAAAUCUUCAAGCAAACCGACUCGUUCGGUCCUGUCUGGAGGCGGCUGGGAGGAGCGAUACACAGCGGAUGAUGUGCCGUACUACUAUCACAAAGAAACAGAUUCCCUGUCGUGGGAUAAGCCGGAGUGUCUCCUAACCGAAGCCGAAAAGGCGGAGGGCCGUCGCCAGUGGGUGUGGAUAGCCGACGAGGCCGAAGGCUGGGUUCCAGUGUGCGUGGAAUCUGCCAAGGGCUCCACCAUCACGGGACGGCGCGAAGAUGGCACGAUCGUAACUUCCAAGCAGAAUGGGGGGACUGUACAAUGGUCUUCUCUGCGUGAACUGCCCGAUGACGUGGUCCUUCUCGAAGAUUGCAACGAACCCUCCAUUCUGUACACAGUGCGAAAGCGAUACAUGGAAGGCAAAAUCUAUACCUGGGUGGGAAGCAACAAGACCAUUCUCCUCUCGGUCAACCCCUUCCAGAACCUGCCUCUCUACUCCCCCGAGCAAAUCUCCCUCCACGCCAACCCUCCUCCCAACCGAUUACUGCCUCCCCAUGUGUACGACAUCGCCUAUUCGGCCUUUCAGGAAAUGUCUGUGGACGGCACCGACCAAUCCAUCUUGAUUUCCGGCGAGUCUGGAGCCGGCAAAACCGAAGCGACCAAGCAAUGUCUGGGAUUCAUAGCCGAGGUCGCCGGAUCCGAUUCGUCGCUGGAGCAGAAAGUUCUGCAGACCAAUCCCGUUCUGGAAGCCUUCGGCAACGCCAAGACCGUGCGGAACAACAACUCCUCUCGCUUUGGAAAAUGGAUCGAGGUGCAUUUCAGCAACCGUAAUCACGUGUGCGGAGCUUCGAUCGAGUGCUAUCUUCUGGAGAAGAGCCGAGUGGUGGACCAACAAAAGGGCGAGCGAAACUUCCACAUCUUCUAUCAGUUGCUGUCUUCUCCCGACCUGUGUCGGGCGUACAACCUCACUUCCGCGGCCGAUUAUCGGUAUCUCACAGCAGGACAGUGUCUGGAAGUCGAGGGAAUGGACGACAAAGCCAACUUCUUGGAGGUCUUGAACUCGUUCGAGUCCCUCGGAUUUUCGCAGGAAGAUCGCGAAUCCGUUCUCAGUCUCUUGGCUGCCAUUUUAAAGCUCGGCAAUAUCAAGUACGAGGAGACCGGAGGCGCGUCGCUCCAUCCUGGAUCCAGCAUUUCGAACGAAGAUGUGUUGUGCGAGGCGGCGACUCUCCUCCAAAUCCCUGCCAACUCCUUAAAGGAAGCUAUUUGCACGCGCCGAAUCACCGUGAAAGAGGGAAACGGAGUAAAUGUGACGAUCAUUCCGCUGAGUUGCCGUGAAGCCAUUCAAAACUGCGACGCGCUGGCCAAGGAAUUGUAUUCGCGCCUGUUCGACUGGAUUGUGGAGAAGAUUAAUCUGUCGCUUCGAGGCGAGCGGAACAAGUUCAUCGGCUUUUUGGACAUUUUUGGCUUUGAGAUCUUCGAGAAGAACAGCUUUGAGCAGCUUUGCAUCAACUAUGCAAACGAACGACUGCAGCAACUGUUCAACAGCAGUACGUUCAAAGAGGAAGAGACCGUGUAUCGAAACGAAGGCGUGGAGUUCCAACAUGUCGACUUUAUCGAUAACAGCGAAGUCUUGGAUAUGUUGGAGAACCGAUUUGGAGGGCUUUUCUGCGCCAUUGACGAUCAAGUCAAGAUCCGAGGCGGAACCGACGAAAAUCUUAUGAAGGCGAUUCGGAAUACCCUCACAAAGUACUCGUGUUUCGAUGGGAAUUGUCGCUCGCCUUUGGAGUUCGGCGUUUGCCACUAUGCGGGAAAGGUGACGUACACGAUUACCGGCUUCACGGACAAAAACAGAGACCGAAUCUUUGACUAUUUAUAUGAGCUGGUUUCCUCCUCCUCCUCGCCUUUCAUCGCAUCGCUCUUCCCUCCUCUGUCCUCAUCGACAAUGCGCACGACCGUCUGCAGCAAGUUCCAAAAGCAGCUGAAGGAUCUGCUCACGAUCCUGCAGGCUUCCCAGCGGAAAUACAUCCGUUGCGUGAAGCCCAACGAUAAGAAGCGGCCUCGACUCUUCGACUGCGUUCACUCCUUGGAACAGCUUCGCUACAGCGGCGUUUUCGAGGCUGUGAAGAUCCGAAAGGAGGGCUAUCCCUUCCGCUACAGCCACCAGCAAUUCGUCCAUCGCUAUCGCUGUCUCCCGAUGACCAAAGGAAUCUCCGUCUCUUCCGAUGUUCGACAGGCGAUCCAAGACGUCAUCCGCUCGCGUCCCGAGUGCAAAGAUCGCAUCUACGUCGGGAGAUCGCUGGUGUUGUACCGAGCCCCGGAGCACCGUAUUCUGGAACUGGCGCGUAAUUUGGGUAAUCGCUGA